UGUACAUUUGAGUAUAUGAAAUGUUUGGAGUAAAAGCAUUGUAAUUUGUGUACAUAGGAGUAUUAAAAUUUAAAAAUCUGUAGAUGAACAUUUGAUAAUCAUAAUAAAUGUUUUAAAUUUUCUGAUUUAAUAAAAUAACAAACCAAAUACAACAUAGUUAUUUAAAUUCAUCUGCAUUAUUAUGUUUUAUUAAAUUUAAAUUUAAUUCAAUAAAGUAUUAAAAAUAAAAAUGCCGCCAGUUUUAAAAUGUAUCGAGAUGGACAAUUUUAAGUCCUAUCGAGGAUAUCAUAUGAUAGGACCGUUGAAGAAUUUCACUGCUGUGAUUGGGCCCAAUGGUUCAGGCAAAUCAAAUUUUAUGGAUGCUAUUAGUUUUGUUAUGGGAGAAAAAACUACAAGUCUUAGAGUAAAGAGAUUAGGUGAUCUUGUACACGGGGCUUCAGUAGGACAACCAGUUUCUCGCACUGCAAGUGUUACUGCUGUAUUUCAAAUGGAUGAUAAUGGAACUGAAAAACGCUUUACAAGAACUGUGCAAGGAUCAUCUAGUGAUUACAGAAUUAAUGACGAAUCAGUUUCUAAUCAAGAAUACUUUGCUCAGUUAGAACAGAUUGGUGUGAAUGUCAAGGCUAAAAAUUUUUUAGUUUUUCAAGGUGCUGUUGAAUCAAUUGCUAUGAAAAAUCCUAAAGAAAGAACAGCACUCUUUGAAGAAAUCAGCGGUUCUGGGACUCUUAAAGAAGAUUAUGAUCGUUUAAAAGCUGAAGUAAUGAAAGCUGAAGAAGAAACUAACUUUACUUACCUUAAGAAAAGAGGAGUUGCAGCUGAACGUAAAGAAGCCAAGUUAGAAAAAGAAGAAGCUGAAAAGUACCAAAAACUUAAAGAUGAAUUGGCUCAAAAAGAAAUUGAGUAUCAAUUAUUUAGAUUAUAUCAAAACGAAAAUAUGAUAAAAAACUUUGAGCUAGAUUUAGAAGACCGUAAAAGAGAUGUUGCUAAAAUUGAAAUUAAGAAAGAAAAAGCAGAAGAAGUGGUAAAAGAAAAAAAAAAAGAACAAGGAAAAGCAAGUCGAGAUUUAGCGAAAAUUGAACAAGAAAUUAGAGAAAUUGAAGUAGAAAUCAAUAAAAAGCGUCCUUCAUUUAUUAAAUCAAAAGAAAGAGUUGCUCAUAUAUUAAAAAAACUGAAUACAGCCAAAAAAUCUUUAGCUGAAGUAGUAAUGGCUAAUGAAGCUCAUAAAAGAGAUAUUGAAGAACUUGAAGCUGAACUAAAAGAAGUUGACAAACGUCGGCAAGAAUAUGAAGAACAAGUAGCAGGAGAAAGUCAUAGUCAAGGAAGAGAUGUUCAACUUGAAGAUGCUCAGGUAGCUGAAUACAACCGUCUUAAAAUUGAAGCUCGUAAACAAUCUGCUCUUUAUUUACAAGAGUUAGAUUCUAUUAAUAGAGAGCAAAAAGCUGAUCAAGAUAAGCUUGAUAAUGAGUUACGUUUAAAGUCUGAGUUAGAAAAUAAAAUAAAACAAAAAACUCAUGAAAAGGAAGAAGCUCAAAAGCGUGUAGACAAGUUGACUGAACACAUUAAAACUAGUGAAAAUGCUUUAGAAGAACAAAGAAAAUUAUAUGACGAACUCAGAAAAGAUGUUGGCUCAUCUAAAGAUAAAGUGUCCAAAUUACAGCGAGAUUUGGAUAAUGUAACUGAGCAAUUAGGAGAUGCUAAAGUAGAUAAACAUGAUGAUAAUAGGCGCAAAAAAAAACAAGAACUUGUUGAGAACUUCAAAAAGGCAUAUCCUGGAGUGUAUGAUCGUCUUAUCAAUAUGUGUCACCCAAUUAGUAAUCGAUAUAAUGUAGCUAUUACAAAAGUGUUGGGUAAAUACAUGGAGGCCAUAAUAGUAGAUUCUGAAAAAACAGCACGAUUAUGCAUUCAGUAUUUGAAAGAUCACAUGUUAGAUCCAGAAACAUUUUUACCUAUUGAUUAUCUUCAAACAAAACCCUUAAAAGAACGUUUGCGUAAUAUUAGCCGUCCUCAUAAUGUUAAACUUAUGUAUGAUGUAUUAGAAUUUGAUCCAGAAAUUGAUAGAGUUGUUUUAUUUGCUACCAAUAACGCAUUAGUCUGCGAAUCACCUGAAGAUGCUAACUAUGUGGCUUAUGAACUAGAAAGAGAUGGUAGAUAUGAUGCUGUAGCUCUUGAUGGUACAUUUUAUCAAAAAUCAGGAAUAAUAUCAGGGGGUAGUUUAGAUUUGGCUCGUAAAGCAAAGCGAUGGGAUGAAAAGCAUAUGACACAUUUGAAAGCAUCAAAAGAAAAAUUAUCUGAAGAAUUACGUGAUGCUAUGAAAAAAUCUCGUAAAGAAUCUGAAUUAAACACAGUUGAUUCUCAAAUUAAAGGUCUAGACAUGAGGCUUAAGUAUGGUAAAACUGACAAAGAAAAUACUCUAAAACAAAUAAGAGAUCUGGAAAAAGAAUUGAAAUUUUUGGAAGCAAAAUUGGAAGGAAGUGGUCCUCGUAUUGAAGAAAUUGAGCGAACAAUGCAUACUAGAGACUUAGAAAUCCAAACAAUGCGUGGUCGUAUGAAUUCGGCAGAAGAUGAUGUUUUUGCUGAUUUUUGCCGCCAAAUUGGAAUGGCCAAUAUUCGUCAAUAUGAAGAACGUGAAUUAAGAUCUCAACAAGAAAGAGCUAAAAUUCGCUUAGAAUUUGAAAAUCAAAGAAAUCGGAUUAUGAGUCAGCUAGACUUUGAACGUACAAAAGAUACUCAAAAUAAUGUUACACGCUGGGAAAGAGCCGUGCAUGAUGAUGAAGAAGAGCUAGAGAGAGCUAAACAAGCAGAACAGAAACAAAUGUCUGAAAUUGAGAUGGAUAUGAAAGAAGUUGAUAGGCUUAAAGCUCAAAGACAAACAAAAAAACAAGAAGUCGAUCAGAUGGAUGAAGUUAUUAGCAAGGCUAGAAAAGAAGUUGGUGCUAUUGCUAAAGAUAUUCAAGCAGCUCAAAAACAAGUGACCAACUUGGAGAACAAAGUAGAAAUGCAUAGAGCGGAUCGUCAUGCAAUUUUAACUCAUUGCAGAAUGGAAGACAUUAACAUACCUUUGUUACAAGGAAAUCUAGAAGAUAUAAUUCAAGAUCAAUCAGUAAAUAAUUCAGAAGAACAUGGUCGAGAUAGCACUGCUAAUACUCAAGAAAUUUAUGAUCAAGAAUCAAGAAUAACUGUUGAUUAUUCCUCAUUACCAGAACAUUUAAAAGAUUUGGAAGACGCAGAUGAUAUUAAAAAAGUCACUGAUAAAAUGGCUAAGACCAUGGCAGAACAGUCAAUGAAACUUCAAAAAAUACAUGCACCUAAUUUUAAGGCAUUACAAAAACUUGAUCAAGCUAGAGAAAAAAUGCAAGAAACUGACCGAGAAUUCAAUAGUGCUCGAACACGUGCCAAAAAAGCUAAACAAAAUUUUGAACGUAUUAAAAAAGAAAGGCAUACUAAAUUUACUGAAUGUUUUGAACAUGUGGCCAAUGAAAUUGAUCUUAUAUAUAAAGCGUUAUCAAAGAAUCAAUCAGCUCAAGCAUUUCUUGGCCCUGAAAAUCCUGAAGAGCCCUAUUUAGAUGGUAUUAACUAUAAUUGUGUAGCACCAGGAAAACGAUUCCAGCCAAUGUCUAAUCUUUCAGGAGGUGAAAAAACAGUUGCUGCACUAGCUUUAUUGUUUGCGAUUCAUAGCUAUCAACCGGCCCCUUUCUUUGUUCUUGAUGAAAUAGAUGCUGCUUUAGAUAAUACUAAUAUUGGAAAAGUUGCUUCUUACAUAUUACAAAAGAAAAAAAAUUUACAAACAAUAGUUAUAUCUUUGAAAGAAGAAUUCUUUCAUCAUGCUGAUGCUUUAGUGGGAAUUUGUCCAGAUGAGGGCCAAUGUUUAAUCAGCAAGGUCAUUAUGAUGGAUCUAGCAGAGUAUCCAUUGGCUGAAUCUGAAGAAAAUGUAGCCUAUUCAUUACGUUAAUUUUAUAAAUUUUGAAAUUUUAAUUUCAAACAUAGAUAUACUAAGGACUUUUGUAUUGAUAUUUAUAAUAAUUAUUUACUAUUUAUCUAAAAACUAUUUAUUCCCUAAUCUUAUUUUAUAAUUUAAAAAGUAAUAGUCUAGUUUGUACUCAAUAAAUUAAUUUCAAUUUUUUAUAUUGAUGUAAAAUUUUGAAGAUAUAUAUUAAUGAAGUAAGAUAAAAAUAAAUGCAUUCUCUAUGUUGUAUUUUAAUAA